UAGGAGCAGGAAUUAGAGGAAGAGUUGGAUUGGUCCCCAUGGUGAGGCCAAUUCAUGCUUUUCUCACAACUUGCUUUUCCAUGGUGAUCCCAAGCCAAUUUGAGGAAAUCAUUUCUGGUUUGGGUGAAGUUAAGCCAGGCUUCCCAGAUGCUGAAAUCCCCACUUGCUACUGGUGCUCGUUACAAUUAUUUCUAGGUAGGGCUCCUGAAUGCUGUGGUUUUGAGGACUACCCUGUCUGUUUAUGUUCAUCCAUUAGUGUCUCAUAGGUCCAGAAGAUGCACUUGUUCUGGGCAGGCUGGGCUGAGAUGAGAAGGCCUUUCUCUGGGUUUGGUUGGUCCAAAGGACUAGGGCUCCUUUUUCCAUAUCAGCAGGACUAGAUGGAAUUGAGUGAGGGAGUUUCCGCUUCACUUGAUGUCCUUCCAGAAAGUGGGUCUCCAUACAGAAAGGCCCCCUUAGGAAGAAUUCACCUCUGAUUAGGUAGCAAAAAGAACCUUCAAUUUAGGUUAUAUAACUGGGCUCUCCCUGCUGCAGAGCACUCCUUCAUUGCCUCCUUAAUGAAUUCAUCCCACUCUCCAUAACACCUUUUUUAAACCUUUCCAUCCCUCCUCAAACUUCCCACUCUUUCCACCUCUCAGCUGAGAACCUUGCCUCAUAUUUUAUGGAAAUAGUUGAGACCAUUCGCUGGGAUUUCUUGUUUCUCUCCAUCUCACUGAGAUGCCUUCACUCUGUCUCACAUGAAGAGGCAGCCCAUCUGCUUACCAAAGCAAGCUCAUCGACCUAUACAAGUGAUCGCCUUCCCUCCCAUCUCCUCCAAUAGAUUGUCCCCUUAGUCAUCCCCACUCUCUCACCUUUCAAUCUCUCCAUUUGUUGGAUGCUUCCCCAAUACCCACAAAUACAAGGAUGUGUUCCCCAACCUCAAAAUCCCUCAUCUGGUCAUCCCAUUUCUACUCUCAUGUUUCUUUUCCUUUUUUUGGUUAAACUCCUUGAGAAGAUCAUCUACAGUGGAUGCCUUUACUUAUUCUCCUCUCUCCCCAAGCCAUUGCAGUCUGGCUUCCAGCCUCCUCAUUAAACUGAAACUGUUCUCUGUGGGGUUUUAAAAUCAAUAAAUAAUAACUAUUAUAUUUUAUAAAGUUUUAUUAAUAAUAACUAAAGCAAAAGAACCGCCUGACUUCAGCCCAGUUGUAGGUCCAAGAGAGGAAGAGAGAGAGCAUGACAGCUACUUAAAAUCAAUCACCCAAAAUACAGGGACCCAGGAAAAGGAAUUGUGGGAAAUAGUAGUUUGUAGGGUUCAAAAUUGUAAAUCAAUCUUGUAAAUUGUAAAUUUAUUGUAAAUUGUAAUUACAUCUCUCCAAAUGUAAUUUACAUUCUCCAGAUGUAAUUUACAAAAUUGUGAAUUGUAAAAUUCUCCAGAUGUAAUUUACAAAAUGUAAAUUUGUAAAUUGUAAAAUUCUCCAGAUGUAAUUUAUAAAAUUAUAAAUACAUCUCUCCAAAGUUAUUAAUGCUCUUUUGCUUGCCUUUUCUGUUAUAUUCUUUAUUGACUUCCCUACAGCCUUUAACACUGCUGAUGAGGCAAGUAUUGUUUGUCUUUAUAAUAUUUUUGUCAUGGUAGAAAUUGCUCUCCUGGUCUGCUCCCUUCACUCAGCACCAAUAUAUGGCAGUUUCUCUAAGUCAUUCCCAAUAAUUCUUUAAAGUACAAUAGUAUUCCAUCACAAUUAUAUAACUCGACUUAGUGCUCAGGGAGGGGUAAUAUCUCUGGUAUGGAGGGUUUGUCGUGCCCUCCUAGGGCAGCUCUCCAGCCUCUGACCCUCACCUGACACCCAGCUCUCACUUGUGGCUCCCAGUAGCUGCUAGCAUGAGGCAGCGGCCACACCCUGGGCAACAGCCAUCGGGUCAUUGUCGACCCCUGGUGAACUAGGGCUUUGCUCACCCAGCAUGUGAAGACUGCUUGGAACAGGCGGAAGAAACCAACAAGAAGGUUCAGCGGCAACGCAGCAAAGCCUUGUGGAAUACUUAGGGCGUAUUGGAGCACAAAAGACAACACGGCAUCCAAUGCAGCUGAGGAAGUCUCCAGGUGUAAUGACUUUUCGUGCCAUUGCCGAGAGAGUGGGACUGUCUCUGUGCAUCCGCUUUUCCACUUAAAUCUUCAUGCACAAGUGUCUUUGUGCACAAAAACAAUCGUCAUCCUCGGUUACCAAGAGACUACUACUACUACUAGUCCCUCCCCAACAUAUGGGCAUCCUCAAAAAGGCUGCUCAAAGUAGUUUUUAACAUCAGUUUGUCCUAAAGGCUGUUUCCUGAAUAGAGCUGAGGGUGUCAAUAGACGUGGCUGGCCCCUUCUCUCCCUGGCCUUUUCCAAAGGAGACUUAAUUCCUGCCAGGAAUGAAGCAGAAUGUUGGAUGGUGGAUUAGAACUCUAUGAGCUCCCUUCAAUAUUGUUUAUCUCGAGGACGUGGUUUCGGUGCAAUCGCUGCUCAUUCAGUAGGGGAGCAGGCCCGAAGCUUCCGGCUCCAUAUCCUUAGGAGUCCUUUUUCCUUCAGGAACCUGAAGUGGUUGACAUCCUCCAUCUUCUCUCUGAAAGCUGGAAGCCUGAAAGAAAGCCAGGCUCUGCCAUGCCACUCCUGCAGGUGAGAGCAUUGCUCUUGGAGUGCCAUCCCGGGCCUUGGGCGACACCUAGUGUAAGUCUGCUUAACCCGCCCUCCCUGCACUUCCCCUCGCCCAAUUCCGUGGGGGAGUGUGGAGUGGGUACUCGGCUCUCCGGGCAGUUCCGAGGGGAGGGAGGUUUCCCCCUUGUUGGCACAGGUGUGUAUCCGUGCAGCCUCCCCGAGCCAGCUGGUCCCUCCUUUCCUCUUCGGCCUCCCUCCGGGUUAUUCUUCUCCCUCUCCGGCUCCGCAGCCUUUCCUCGGCCCUGAGAAUCUCCAUGCUGCAAGCCCGAGUCCUCCCCUCUUCCCUUGGACUGGACUCUCCUCCAGAGGGGCUUAGCUGGCUGCUCUCCCAGUGGCUCUGGGGUGCUUCCUCACGCCCGUGCUGGGUCCCUCCUGAGCUGGAUGGCUUCCGCCCCGCCCCCCCCCCCCCCCCCCCCCGCCCUCUGGUAUCCCGGGGCUGAGAUCCAAGAAGUUCCCUGGAGGCCGGAGGAAGGAUGGGAGGGAGAGCCGGAGCCAGGGGCAGGACGCUUAGAGAAGGGGAGAACGACUGAGGCCUGGCUCCCUUCGACUCGGCCGAACCUCAGGCCUGCCCCUGGAAGUCUUUCUCUGGCGCGCCCUUCGAAGGCCGGGAGUGCCCCACCCGGACGAGGCGCGCUCGCGGAGCCCUCUUCCUCCUUUCACCUUGUCUCCUCCCCAUAUAACGGAGACGCCAACCUUCAGGGCCCUACCAGUCUGCGAGAGUCACUUCCUCAUCUGCCUCAGUUUCCCUAUCCAGGGACUCCGAGUUGGACCCGACUGAGGGACCAGGGAGCCGGGGCAGAAGCUGUUGGGAACGGGGCGGAGGGAGCUCCUGAGGGUCUGUACAGCGCGGGGGGCGGGACCACCAGACAUGCGUCACUUCCGGCCGGUGCCAACCCUUCCUGUUCCCGCUUGGCCCGACCGACCUCUGCAUUCCUCUCGGACCUAGGUAGGCGCUACCUCCCCGGCCUGCCCUGACGUCCCCCACACUGCCCGGAGGAGGAGGAUGAUGGCGCCCGUGUUCCUGGUGGCCGGCGCCCAGCAGGGUGCCGUGACCUUCCGGGACGUGGCCGUGGACUUCUCCCCGGAUGAGUGGCGCCGCCUGGGCCCGGCCCAGAAGGAGCUGUACCGGGAGGUGAUGCUGGAGAACUACCGGAGCCUGGCGUGGCUGGGACUCGAAGUGUGCAAACCACACGUGAUCCAGCGGUUGGAGUGCGGGGAGGCGCCUUGGACGCCGCAGGGAGGUGUCCCGGGGAGCUGCGCUCCAGAUUGCAAGACUAGGCCUGAAAGCAGGGAGCCAAAUCUAAAGCUGGGCCUCUCUUGGGAAGAUUUAUCCCAGAAAAGACUCAUAAAGAAUGGUGCUUGUAUCUUCAAGUUGAGAGAAGCCUGUGAAUUUGACACCAGCUCAGAAAGACAGAGUAGUAAGGAAAAACUCUUCCAGCAAAUAAAAAUUCUUCAAAACAAACCUGAUGAAAUGAGAGGCCAUGGAUAUGAUAAAAGUAGCAGAAGCUUCAUACCAAGGCCAGUGCUUUUUCCACAACAGAGUGUAAGUGCAGGAGAAAGUUUCUUUGAAUGUGAUAUUUAUAGAAAAAGCUUUAGCUCAUAUUCAGACCUAAAAAAAAAUAAAACUACUUCAAAGAAUAAGAUUAUUAUUAAGCAUCAUGGACUUAGGGACUCCUUGAGUUAUAAUUCAGAUCUUACUGAAAAUAAUAGAAUUCAUUCUAGAAAGACACCUCAAGAAUGUAGUGAAUGUGGGAAGGUCUUUCAUCAGAGCUCAGAGCUUAUUCAACAUCAGAGAAUUCAUAUUGAAGAGAAACCUUAUAAGUGUGAUGAAUGUGAGAAGGUCUUCCACAGAAGGAGAAAUCUUAUUAUUCAUCAGAAAGUCCAUACUGGAGAGAAACCAUAUGAGUGUAAGGAAUGUGGGAGAUUUUUUCGACAACGUGCUCACCUUAGUGUACAUCACAGAAGUCAUACUGGAGAGAAACCUUAUGAAUGUAACGAAUGUGGGAAGACCUUCACCCGGAGACGAAGCCUUAUUCUCCAUCACAAAAUUCACACUGGAGAUACACCAUAUGAAUGUAGUGAAUGUGGAAAGGCUUUCUGUCGAAGUACAGAACUUAUUCUUCAUGAGAGAAUUCAUACUGGAGAGAAACCAUAUAAAUGUAAUGACUGUGGAAAGUUCUUCCGCCAGAGUUCACAUCUCAUAGUACAUCAGAAGAGUCAUAAAGGAGAGAAACCUUUUGAAUGCAGUGAAUGUGGGAAGGCUUUCUGCAGAAGCACAGAACUUACUCUCCAUCAGAGAAUUCACACUGGAGAAAAACCAUAUAAAUGUAAUGGAUGUGGGAAGUUCUUCCGUCAAAAUUCACAUCUUAUCAUACAUCAGAGAAGUCAUACUGGGGAAAAACCUUAUAAAUGUAGGGAGUGUGGGAAGGCCUUUAGCCAGAGCAGAAAUCUUAUUCUCCAUUGGAGAAUUCACCUGGGAGAGAAACCUUUUGAAUGUAAUGAAUGUGGGAAGGCCUUCCACCAGAGUUCACAUCUUACUCAACAUAAGAGAAUUCAUAGUGGAGAAAAGCCUUAUGAAUGUAACCAGUGUGGAAAGGUCUUUCACCGGAGAGCAAAGCUUACCGAACAUCAGUCAAUUCAUACUGGAGAGAAGCCUCACAAAUGUAAAGAAUGUGGAAAGGCUUUUCGCCUGAGCUCACAACUUGGUAUACAUCAGAGAAUUCACCUUGGAGAAAAACCUUAUAAAUGUAACGAGUGUGGAAAGGUCUUCAGUCAGAAAACAAACCUUAAAAUACAUCAGAGAAUUCAUACUGGAGAGAAACCUUAUGAAUGUAAUAAAUGUGAAAAGGCCUUCCGCCAGAGUUCAGACCUUACUCAGCAUCAGAGAAUUCAUACUGGAGAGAAGCCUUAUGAAUGUAACGAGUGUGGAAAGGCCUUUGCUCGGAGUAGAAGUCUUACUCUUCAUCAGAAGAUUCACACUGGAGAGACACCAUAUCAGUGUAGUGAAUGUGGGAAAGCUUUUCUCCGAAACACAGAAUUUAUUCUCCAUCAGAGAAUCCACACUGGAGAGAAAUCUAAUGAAUGUGGGAAGUUCUUCCACCAGACUGCACAUCUUACCGAACAUCAGAGAAAUCAUACUGGAGAGAAGUCUUAUGAAUGUAAGGAAUGUGGAAAGGUAUUCCGAAUGGGCUCACAACUUACACUUCAUCGGAGAAUUCACCUCAGUGAAAAACCUUAUAGAUGUAAUGAAUGUGGGAAGGUCUUUGGUCAGAAAACAAACCUUAAAAUACAUCAGAGAAUUCAUAUUGAAGAUAAACCAUAUAAAUGUAAUAAGUGUAAAAGGACCUUCUAUAAGAACUCAGACCUUAUUCAACAUCAGAGAUUUCAUAUUAGAGGAGAGCAAUCUUAUAAAUGCAAUGAAUGUGGGAAGGCCUUUGUCCAGUAUAGAAGUCUUACUCUACAUCAGAAGAUUCACACUGGAGAGACACCACAUGAAUGUAGUGAGUGUGGGAAAGCUUUUUCCCGAAGCACAGAACUUAUUCUUCAUCAAAGAAUCCACACUGGAGAGAAACCUUAUCAAUGUAGUGAAUGUGGGAAGUUCUUUCGCCAGACUGCACAUCUUACUGCACAUCAGAGAAGUCACACGGGUGAGAAGCCUUAUCAAUGUAAGGAAUGUGGAAAGGCAUUCCGAAUGGGCUCACAACUUACUCUCCAUCGGAGAAUUCAUCUCGGUGAAAAACCAUAUAAGUGUAUUGAAUGUGGGAAGUUCUUCCGACAAAAUGCACAUCUUAUUUCACAUCAGAGAAUUCAUACUGGAGAGAAGCCAUAUAAAUGUAGUAGAUGUGAAAAAGCCUUCCGCCAGAGCUCAGACCUCACUCAACAUCAGAGAGUUCAUACCGGAGGAGAGAAAUCCUAUGAAUGUAGUGAGUGUGGGAAGGUCUUUGUCCGGAGUAGAAGUCUUACUCUACAUCAGAAGAUUCAUUCUGGAGAAACUCGAUAUGAAUGUCAUGCAUGUGGGAAGGCAUUCUGUCGAAAUGCCGAGCUCGUUCUCCAUCAAAGAAUUCACACUGGAGAGAAACCUUACAAAUGUAAUGAAUGUGGAAAGUUCUUCCGCCAGACUGCACAUCUUACUGCACAUCAGAGAAGUCAUACUGGAGAGAAGCCGUUUGGAUGUAAGGAAUGUGGAAAGGCAUUCCGAAUGAGCUCACAACUUAUUCUCCAUCGGAGAAUUCAUCUUGGAGAAAAACCUUAUAAAUGUAAUGAAUGUGGGAAGUUCUUUCGCCAGAAGCCACAUCUUAUUACACAUCAGACAAUUCAUACUAGAGAUCAACUUAAUGAACAUGGAAAGUAAUUUGACCAGAGCUCAACUCUUAUUCAGCAUCAGAGAAUUCAUACUUGAAAGAUAUUGUAUAAAGGGGGGGGGGGGGGCUUCCCUUUCAGUUCUUAGAUCUGCUGACGUUAGCCAAUUCAUCCUGUAGAGAAACUAUAACUAUACUGAGGGCAGGUAGGCAUUUUGAGCUAUUUGGUGUACCUCAUAGUAUUCAUUUUGGGGGAUGUUCUUUAAAAUGUAAAUAAUGUGGUGAGAUUAGCCAGAAAGAAAACUUUAGAAAACUCAUAAGAGAUAGGCAUAGGAACUGGGCUUCAUUUCAUUGGUGUCACAAAGGUCUAAAUGAGGAAAUUUUCUCCAAAAUUAAGUUUUGUACCAUCUUUUUUGCAGCAUAUAAUGUGAGAGUUACCUUGAGGAGGUAAAGUGACUUGCUUUAAGUAACAAAAGGUAACACAAUUAUGUGUCAGAGGUGGUACUUGCAACCAAGUCUUCCUGAUCCUCAGAAAGACUAUCCAUAAUGCCACAUUUUCCUUUUAAGAAUUGAUCAUGGAAGGAUCUUACAACUAUAAUGAUGGUGAUAAGGCAUUUUGCCUAUGCUUAAAAUUAGUGUAUAUCACAAAAUUAACUGGAGAAAAACCUUACAAAUGUAACAAAUGACUUCAGAUCUUUAGUAAAAGAGAAAACAUUAAUGUGCAUGAUAUUAAAAAAAAAAAAGCCCAACAACAAACUCAUACUGGAGAGACCUGAAUUUGUUUAAUGCCAGAAUACUUUGUUAGAACAUAGGAUUUAUCGACUACCCAGAAAAUUCACAUAAGAGAUAUUAAAUAAAUGUGAGUGUGGCAAAGUCUUCAGGGUGCAUCAGAUGUUUUAUGCUUAAGAUAAACUUUAUGAAUGUGAUGAAAAUCCAUAAUUUUUCCUUAUUUUUAUGUGAGAUAAUUGUUACUAGAGAGCAACCCAAUGACUAUGAAAGGUCCUUUCAAUUAAGAAUGUGUCUUAAGAGUUUGCAUUGGAGAGAAACUUAAUGGAUAAUAAGUGAGAGCUAGUUUUUCCUCUAGACAAAUUCAUUGUUCUUCAUCCAUCUAUAUUAGAGAAAACUUGCUUUUGAUCAAUAUAAAAAGCCCUUUAAAGCACAGAUCUUAAUAAGAACCAUAUAAUUCCUGCUAUAGAGAAGACUUAUGAUUGGGAGGCUUUACACAUGUAACAGUUAUAGUAGAAUUUAUGGCCAAAUGGGUAAGUCGAGGUAAGUUUCCCUGAGCAAAGUUGUUUUAAUCUACCAGUUAAGUGGAUCUCUUGACCCUUCCAGGAGCUAAAAGACCUUGAAUAGGAAUUACAAUAUACUUUUAUAAGCAGAGGACAAAAUCACAUCAUUAGUUAUGAGAUUGGCAACAUUACAGAAGGUUACAUUAAUGAAGGUGGGCAUAAAUACACAAGGGAUGAGAUCCACUCCUCACUGUCUCUUAGGAAUGUAUGAAUUUAUUGGGUCUAACUGUAUCAUGAGAUCAUAGUCACUGAUAAGGGUUUCAGAGGUACCUGAUCAUAAGGCUAGCUGAAAAUUAUAAAGAUGGGGCCCCAGGAUGGGACUGAAAUGAACUUCAUCCAGUUCUUAGAAAACACAGAUAUCACUCAGCUUCAUAGCCCAACCUGUCAAAGCAAUGCCCAGUUAUAAUUCAGAAAACUGGCAAAGUAUGCCACCCAUCCUUUUUCAGAGAAGUGACAGAUGAGGUAUACAAUGAGAAAUUCAUUAGUAGUUGAUUUAUUUUGCCCGGUGUGAGUUUGUGAAUAAUGAUAGUUUUUUUUUUUAAAUAAAGCAUUUGAAAAUGGAACCCAUUCUCAAAAGAAGUUCAAAGUAAUUUUGUUACCACCUUGUUAAAGUGUGUAUAUGCCUUUAAAAAGCAAAUGGCAUUAACAGAACUUAAUGAUCCCCAUACAAUCACCUUGUUUGUUUUUUGUGUAAUGAAAUCUAUUUUGUGAGGAUCAUUAUAUUAAAAAUAAAAAAGUAAAGUUAAUUAAAAAACUCCAAAUAAAUGUGAAGAUUCCAGCCAGAGCACACUUUCCUGAAAAAUCAGAAAAAUUCAGUAAAAACCUUCUAAAGGAAGUAGAGUCUUGUUUAAUUUCCCCACAGCAAUCUUUCAGUUAUUUUCUUCAUGUGUACUUUCAUUCACUAGUCAAGUAGCAUUAUGUGAAAGGGAAUUCUUUAUUUUCUUUGUCUAUGUUAACACUUGUAAAAGGGAAUUAUUUAUUCUCUUUGUCUAUGUUGAGUCAACACUUAAGUCAACUCUUUUAGUACCUCUACUUAGUACCUGGCUAACCACUAAGUAAAGAGUGCUCCAUCCUUCUAACCCAAUCAGUCAGUAAUGUGUGAAUCCCAUGAUAAAAAAAAGGUUUAAACUUCCCAAGACCUAUAAUAAGAAUUGAUACCUUCAGAAGUGAGAAGUGGAUCUCAGAAGACACUGCCCCUCUGGGCAGUGGUGGGAAAUUUGGAAGCUGUGAUUGGCCCUUGUGAAGAGGGGAAGGGACAAGAAGCCACUAUAAAUGGCCCUGAAUUUCUGGGGCUGGGAAGUCAGCUUCAAGAAGAGAGUUGGCUUUAGGAGUCAUCUUCAGCAUGACUCAUCUUGACCUGCUUCUUGGAGGGAACUUGGGUGAGUGAAUAGAUGGCUUUCCUUUCCUGACUUCCAGAGAGAGUUUAACUUUGGUUGAGAGGGUUAACAAGUUGUACCUGGCUGAGUCAAGUAGCAGAGCAAUAUUUUGUGUGAUAGCCUAGAAUCUAUUCCUUUUUGUAUUUCUCUUCACUCUUUCCACCUCUUGUAAAUAAAAGUCAUUAAAAGUCAUUUUGACUUUGAGCUAUAAUAUUUUACAUUGGGGACCAUAUUAAAUUUAAUUUUCAUAUAUUUUAGUCAACCCAUUAAAAUUUAAUUCCUACAAUUAGAUACAUAUGAUGUAUAUAAAGAAAGGCAAUUGACAGCCCCUGUGCUUGAGGGACUUGGAAUCUCAUGGAAACAAUAUGCAGAUCACUGUUUAAAUGAUGCGUAUGGAUUAAGAGGAAGUAAUUAACAGAAGGAAGAUACUAGAUUGAAGAAAUGUUGGGAAAGGCUUCUUAUAGAAGGUGGGACUUGAAGGAAACCAGGAGAUGGAGAUGAGAAAGAUCAUUCCAGGUGUUAGGGACAUCCAGAAAAAUUGCCCAGAGUCCAUGAGGUGGAUUGUCUUUGUAUGUAAAACAACAGAGAAGUCAGUGUCACCAAAUGAAGAGUACAAGGAUAUAUAAGGUAUAAGAAGACUACAAAUGUGGGAGAUAUGCUAGGUUAUGAAAGGUUUGGAACACCAGAGGAUUCUGGUUUUGAUCCUGGAGGCAAUAGGGAGCUACCAGAAUUUGAUGAGUAGUAUGGUGACAUGAGGAGGACUUUAAAUUCUGUGGUGAGUUCAUAUUUUCUCCUAGAGGUAAAAGGGCAAGAUCUGUCAGUAGGGGAACAAUAGAUGUGCACAGUUCUGUGCAGGAUGAAUUGGAGACGGUUGAAAUAGAAAAGGAGAGCAGCAAAGGGCUAUUAAAAGUCCAGGCAAGAACUUGAAUUUGGCUCUUGUAAGUUGAGAUGGAAGAGGCGCAGAGCCAGAAUGACAGAAUAAAGUGAGCAUUUCUACUGAGCCUUCUUCACUUGCCUCUUUAAGAAACUUUUAAAAAGUGAACCAAAUGAAAUGCUAAGAGACAUGAUGAACAAAAAGUCACAGUAAUGUUUCUAGCCCAAUAUAGCUUAAGAAGACAAGAGUCUCUGGGCAAUGUGGUAGGGGCUAGUUGAGAGCAUGAGGCAUGACAACCGCCAACUGUGCAGUGUUGUGGACCUUGGAGACAGUGGUAGCAGCAUCCUAUUUCAAGAAAUUAUAAAGGAAACUUAGAACCAGAGGACAAAAUAGAAAGUGAAAGAAUCCACUGAUCAGUCCCUUAAGAAAUCCCAAAAUGAAAACUCAAAGGAAUAUUAUAGCCAAAUUCCAGAGCUCCCAGGUGAGGGAGAAAAGUGAAUUCAAAUACUAUGGAGCUAUUGUCAGGAUCACACAAGACUUGGGGACAACAUUAAAGGACUAUAUGGCUUGGAAUGUUAUUCCAAAAGGCAAAGUUCUAGGAUUACAAUCAAGAGUAAUCUAAAAAGCUAACCUGAGAAUAAUAUUUUAUUCUUGGUUUUCAUUUUUCAAGUCAUGUCUGACUCUUUGUGACUCCAUUUUGGAUUUCUUGACAGAUAGUGGGAUGGUUUGCCAUUUCUUUUUCCAGCUCAUUUUACAGACGAAGAAACUGAGACAAACUGGAUUAAUUAACUUACCUAGAGUCACACAGCUAGUAAGAAUCUGAGUUCAGAUUUGAAUUUUAUAAGUAUUUCUGACUCCAGGCCCAGAGCUCUAUCCACUGCACUACCUAGCUGCCUCCAGGGCAAUCCUAGAAAGGGGGGAAAUGGUUACUUUAUGAAAUAGAGGACUUCCAAACAUUCCUGAUGUAAAGACCAGAGCAACAUUCAAACACAAGUCUCAAGAAUAAAAAGGUAAACAUAAGUUAUAAGAAAGUUAAGGUUAAACUGUUUACAUUCCUUUAUUACCACUAAGAAAUUUAUUGUCAUUUGGAUAAUUAGAAGGCUGUUACUUUAGGAUGAUCUUAAAAGAUGGAAAGGCAAUGCCCUUUGAUCCAGCCAUACCACUGCUAGGUUUGUAUCCCCAAAUAAUAAGGAAAAAGACUUGUACAAAAAUAUUUAUACCCACACUCUUUGUGGUAGGUAGCAAAGAAAUUGGAAAAUGAGGGGAUACUCUUCAACUGGGGAAUGACUGAACAAAUUGUACUAUCUGUUGGUGAUGGAAUACUAUUGUGCCCAAAGGAAUGAUGAACUGAAGGAAUCCCACAUGAACUGGAAUAACCUCCAGGAAUUGAUGCAGAGUGAGAGGAGCAGAACCAGGAGAACCUUAUACACAGAGACUGAGUACACUGUGGUACAAUCGAAUAUAAUGGACUUCUUUACCAGCAACAAUGCAAUGACCCAGGACAAUUCUGAGGGACUUAUGAGAAAGAACACUAUCCAUAUCCAGAAAAAGAACUGUGGGAGUGGAAACACAGAAGAAAAACAACUGCUCAAUCACAUGGGUUGAUGGGGAUAUGAUUGGGGAUGUAGACAUCAGUCUAGUACAAAUAUCAAUAAUAUGGAAAUAGAUCUUGAUCAAUGACACAUGUAAAACCCGGUGGAAUUGCUUGUUGGCUGUGGGAGGGCAGUGGGAGGAGGGGAGGGAAAGGACAUGAAUCAUGUAACCAUGGGAAAAUAUUCUAAAUUAAUUAAAUAAAAAUUUUCUCUCUCAAAAAAAAAA